AUGCAGUUCACCAAGAUCGCCUCCGUCCUCGCCAUGGCCGCCGCUGCCAUCGCUGCUCCCGCUCCCGGCAACUACGAGGUCGAGCCUCGCACUGGCGGUAGCAACAAUGGUAACAACCAGCCCGUCUGCUCUACUCAGAGCCAGCAGGUUUGCUGCAACGGCAUCCUCAGCUGCACUGUCCAGGUUCUGGGCGCUACCUGCAACAACCAGGCCUACUGCUGCAAUACCCAAGCCGCUACUGGCGCCAUCAUCAGCAUCAACGCCCUCAACUGUGUCAAGAUUCUCUAA